AUGGGCACUUCCAAAAACGGUGUAAACGCUUACAACGAGGUAAUUAGAUGGUCUAAAAAUGGGAAAAUUUUAGAUGUUGGGUGUGGUGAAGGUUCGACAACGGUUGAUUUUUUGUAUCCCUUGAUGAUUGCAAAUUUUUUCAAACUCCAAAUUAAUCGCGAUGGAUUUACAAGAAGAAUAUGGAUAAAGAAUAUAUAUGAUUUAAUGAAACGUGAUGGGCAAACUUUCUUCAUAAUUCCAGCAAAUAAUCCAGUUUUUACUGCAGUUAUGGAGCUGCGUCAUGAAGGAAAUUAUAUUGAAUAUGUUAAAAAAGUCGAGCACGUUUUUAACACUCCAUUUGCUCAAUUAAGUAAUCCUGAAGAUUGGAUUAAACCUUUAAUGGAAAAAGAAGGAUUUAAAAAUGUUAAAUGUUUCAAAUUUCCCCAAGAUUUCACUUUUGAAAGUUUCGAUUAUUUAAAAAGGUUCAUUGCAACUUUUCAAUUUUUAAUUAAGGAAAUUCCAACUGAUGAACAAGACGAUUUUAUCGAACAAGUUGGUAAUCGUAUUAUAAGAAUAUCAACUUUUGAUGAGACCACUCAAGAAAUUCAUGCAAGCUGUUUUAUUCUUGCUAUAAUUGCAGAUAAAUAA